AUGGUCGCCUUUGACACGAAUCAAGAACUGCUCUGGGCGGGCAACGAAUUCCGUGAACAGGGCCGUGUCAACUCGUUCUAUGGCCCGGAACUCCAGCGCUACACUUCCUUCAAAGCGCACCCUUCCACCGAUGGCCCCGUCCGACAGAUCCUCUUCAACGACAAGGGCGUCAUCGCUCUCGGUCCGAAGAAUGUGCAUAUGGCAUUGCGACGCGGUGUCCCGCUGUGGAAUAUCAGGGACGAGGCAAUGCAAGAUAUGCGAUGCAUGAGUUUCACAUCCCGCGGCACGACCGAGAUACUCGUCGCCGGCAUGCAGGACACGAUGUUCGUUAUCGAUCUGAACAAGCGCGAGAUCACCAAGCGUCAGAUACCCGCGCAGCAUCGUUAUACUAUUAUGAAGAACAACAGUCGGUACAUUUGCGCUGCCACAGACGACGGCAAUGUCGAUAUUCUAGACCCCAUCAGCUUCAAGAUCCUGAAGACGUGGAACGCACACUCGACCUUUAUCAACGAUAUGGACGUGAGGGCCGACUUCAUCGUGACCUGCGGCGCGUCGCUGAAGCAGCAAGCCGCCAUGACCUACAUGUUUGACCCUUACGUCAACGUGUUCGACCUCAAAAACAUGACUUCCAUGUCGCCUGUCGCAUUCCCGCCCCUGGCCGCCUAUGUCCGGAUGCAUCCGCGCAUGGUGACGACUGCCAUAGUCGUGUCCCAGCAAGGCCAGAUGCAUAUCAUCGACCUGAUGAACCCCAACACCAGCAAUGUCAGACAGGCAAACAUACUGUCGUACGUCACGGGCAUCGAAAUUGCGCCCACGGGAGAAGCCCUCGCUAUGGCCGAUACCGAGUGUUCAAUACACUUGUGGGGUUCUCCAUCGCGGGUCCAGUUCACAGAGAUCCCCGGACAGCUCGAGCUGCAGACCCACGACGAGAUGGCGCAGCAUAUCGACUGGAACCCGGAGACGCCUCUCAACUCUGUUGGCAUGCCCUUCUACAACGACACCCUGCUGUCGGUCUGGCCGACGACGAUCAGCGACGUCGGCGCGCCGCCCGUCAAGUUCGACGGCACCUAUCUUUCUACUCUGCAGAAGACCGAGUACGGCUUGUACGGGCGGUCGAACCCGCGCUACCGCCGCAACCAGGUCGAGAACACUCGCGAUUCCGACAAGUCGGCGUCGAUACAGGCGCCCAAGUUCCUGAGCGAGAAGAGCAGAGAGUCUGCUCACGCCCCGACGGGCAGUACGGCCUCGGGCAACGCCGAAGAGCUUGCCGAUCCAUUGGCGAUCACCGAGUUGGAGAGUAUGAUGCCCGAGGCCCCGAGUAUGUAUCGGACUGUGGAGAUCAAGUUCAGCAAGUUUGGCGUGGAUGACUUUGAUUUCGGAUUUUACAACAAGACUCGAUACGCAGGUCUGGAGAACCACAUCGCCAACUCGUAUGCGAACUGCCUCCUGCAGGUGCUGCACUUCACGCCUCUGAUUCGGAAUCUCGCUCUCCAGCACGCCGCAAGCGCGUGCCUGCAUCCUCAGUGUCUGUUGUGCGAGCUCGGCUACGUAUUUGAUAUGCUGCAAAAGGCGGAAGGCUCGACCUGCCAGGCGACAAACAUGCUCAAGAUCCUGAGCAGCCACCAGCAGGCGAAGAGCCUCCGCCUGAUCGAGGACGAGAUCAAGAAGAAUCCGCUGGGCGACAUGAUCCAACAGUUGACGCGGUUCCUGCUCGACCAGAUCACGCGCGACUACCAGCGUAUCCUCCCUGGCGCGCCCGAGAUGGAGCAGGCCCUCGGGACCUCGUCUAUCACGUCGAUGAGGUGCACGAACUGCAGAACGGAGACUACGAGACGACAGCUGACCUAUGUGAACGAGUUGAAAUACCCUGCGGGACAGCAGCCGCAAAAUCGCGGUGGUAAGGCCACCAAGAUUACCUUCUCGCAGGUGCUCAAGUCGAGCAUCGAGAAGGACGCGACCAACAAGGGGUGGUGCGGGCGGUGCCAACGGUACCAGAGCCUCUCGACGCGCAAGACGAUCAACAGCCUGCCGUCGGUGCUGGUGCUCAACGCGUACUCGACGUCGCAGCCGCCCGAGUUCAAGCGCUGGUGGUCGACGCCCGGCUGGCUGCCCGAGGAGAUUGGGAUCAUAGUGGACCCCUCGGGCCAGUUCUUCUGCUACGAGGGCGAAGACCUCAAGCUGCACCUGCAGCGCGGCGCGCACAACGUCAUGGUGUACUCGCUCAUCGGCAUGGCGGCCAACAUCGAGAGCGGCCACCCGCAGGCGCAGAAGUCGCACCUGGUCUCGCUGGUCAACGUCGCGCACGCCGAGCCCGCGGCCCCGGAGAACAGCAGCCAGUGGCACCUCUUCAACGACUUCCUCGUCCGCCCCGUGUCGAGCAAGGAGGCGCUGGGGUUCAACACCGCGUGGAAGACCCCUGCGGUCAUUACGUUCCACCUCAAGUCUGCGAACAACAAGAUCGACGCGGACUGGAAGAAUCACCUGGACACGUCGGUGCUGUAUAUGGAUACCAAACCUGACUCGGAGGAUAAGACCUACCGGGUCUAUGACCAGCAGACGGAGCGACCUGGUCCAGACACGAUCAUCGCGCUCGACACCGAGUUCGUGGCCAUCAGACAGCCAGAGAUCGAGAUGAACUCGGACGGUAUUAGAGAGACCAUCCGGCCCAUGACGCAUGCACUAGCCCGCGUCUCGGUGGUGCGGGGCCAGGGCGAGGACGAAGGGCUGCCGUUCAUCGACGACUACAUCAUCAUCCAGGAGCCGAUCGUGGACUACCUGACGACCUUCUCGGGGAUCACGCAGGGCGACCUGGACCCGCGGUCGUCGCGGCACAACCUGGUGCCGCUCAAGACGGCGUACAAGAAGCUCUGGGUGCUGCUGAACCUGGGCUGCCGGUUCCUGGGCCACGGGCUCAAGCAGGACUUCCGCGUCAUCAACAUCCAGGUGCCGCGGGCGCAGGUCGUCGACACGAUCGACCUCUUCUUCCUGCGGGCGCGGCUGCGGCGGCUCUCGCUGGCGUUCCUGGCGUGGUACCUGCUGCGCGAGGACAUCCAGCUCGACACGCACGACUCGAUCGAGGACGCGCGCACGGCGCUCAAGCUGUACCGCAAGUACCUCGAGUUCGAGGACGCCGGGAUCCUCGAGGCGAUGCUGCAGGACAUCUACCGGGCGGGCCGGGACACGGGGUUCAAGCCCCCGCGCCGGGAGGAGGGCCCGCCCGUCGUCCGGACGGAGACGCCGCCCAUCCCCAUCGAGGGGCUGGCGGGCCCGUCGACGCCGUCGAGGUUCGGGCCCCCGCCGGCGCAGCAGCAGACGCCACAGCAGCAGCAGCAGACGCCCAGUGGCGGUGGCGGUGGCGGUGGCGGUGGCGGUGGCGGUGGCGGUGGCGGGUUCGGGGCGCAGGUGCACCAGGGGUGGACGCCGGGGAAGGGGUCCCCGCUUAGGUAG